AUGGCCUCUUACCAGCUGCUGGUGGCCCCCCCAGAGGCCCUGCUGAAGCCCCUCUCUGUCCCCAACCGGCUCCUGCUGGGGCCCGGCCCCUCCAACCUGACUCCGCGCGUGCUGGCGGCAAGCGGGCUGCAGAUAAUUGGGCACAUGCACAAGGAGAUGUUCCAGGUGAUGGACGAGAUCAAGCAAGGCAUCCAGUAUGUGUUCCAGACCAAGAACCCCCUCACGCUGGCCAUCAGUGGCUCAGGACACUGCGCCCUGGAGGCUGCCCUGAUCAACCUCCUGGAGCCGGGGGACUCCUUUCUGGUCGGGGCCAAUGGCAUCUGGGGGCAGCGGGCUGUGGACAUCGGGGAGCGCAUUGGAGCUCACGUGCACCCGAUGAUCAAGGACCCUGGAUACCACUACACACUGCAGGAGGUGGAGGAGGUAUGA